AUGAACGCCGCCGAAAGGCAAUAUACACCCCUGUCGACCCGGGAUCUCAAAUAUAUGACAGUUCGCAAAAUUAAGUUGUCAACUAGUUUAAACCCUGCCUAUAAUUCACUAAGGAAACUUUUCAGGACAUUGGCAGAGGAUUAUGCUGUAUUACGAAGAGACGCGAGUAAUCUCGCCCUGCUUCACGCUCUACGAUGGGCCAACGAUCGCUUCUCUUUUGAGUGUCCCCCUCUUCAUAAUAAACUGUUCUAUAGAAAAUGUUUCAUGUUGGCGGCCGCACGCUGCCGCGAUGGAGUCCCGGCCCCGAAUAUUAGACAAGAAGUGCAAUGGGGAUUAGACUUGUGGCACACGUUUGAGAAUUCAUUUUUGCCAGUAACUCGAGGUUACGACUACCCGCAAUGGCAACCAGUUUUCUUAGACGUUGCAGAUGAUUAUGCCACCAAAGUCCACACCAAUGCAAUCUUACACCUGGGAGGCAACUUCCAAAAGUACAUGGUUCGUACCUGGGAGGCCUUUCUGAGGUCGUUUGUCAGCCGGCAUCAAGUCCAACUUCCGCGCACUGCGAAAGCAUUGGGAAAGGACGCGGUUUCCAAAGUGCUUCAUUAUGAAGAAUUCAACGCGGCGAACUGGGAAGGCGUAGCGGGAGAUAUUGAAUAA